GACUUCCCGCCUUGCCUCACGUCAGGGCGUGAGCCGGCCUCCCUCACGUCUCCCCGCCAAGGCGCAUGCGUCCCCUCGAUUCUCGCAGGGCUUCUGGGUCCUGUAGGGGCAGCGCCGCUUCCGGGAGCGGAGCCGCUGGCGCAGCCCGGCGCGCCCCAGCCCAGCCAUGAACCCCGCGGGGCUGUCGCUGCCCACCAUGGUGCCGGGCAGCUCGGCGCUGGGCCUGGCGGGCGGCGGCCCCGCGGCGCUGCUGAGCCGCCCGUUCAAGUGCGCCGAGUGCGGGCGCUCGUUCGCGCGGCUGCCGGAGCUGGAGCUGCACGAGAUGUCGCACGCGGCCGAGCGGCCGCACCGCUGCGCGCUCUGCGGCAAGGCCUUCGCGCAGGCCGCGGCGCUGGUGAAGCACCAGCGCGUGCACACCGGGGAGAAGCCCUACCCCUGCCCCAUGUGCGGCAAGACCUUCGCUCUGUCCUCGGGCCUCGUGCUGCACAAGCGCAUCCACACGGGUGAGCGCCCGCACGCCUGCCCGCUCUGCGGCAAGACCUUCAUCUCCUCCUCACACCUGGCCCUGCACCUGCGCUCGCACACGGGCGAGCGCAAGUACAAGUGCGGCGUGUGUGGGAAGCUCUUCCUGCAGUCCUCACACCUGGUGCGGCACAAGGCCAUCCACACCGGGGAGAAGCCUUUCAAGUGCGAGGACUGUGGCAAGCACUUUGGCCGGGCCUCGCACCUCAAGACCCACAAGCGCGUGCACACGGGCGAGCGGCCGUUCAAGUGCACGCAGUGCGAGAAGGCCUUCACACAGAAGGCGGGGCUCAUCCUGCACGUCCGCCUGCACACCGGGGAGCGGCCCUAUCGCUGCGACAAGUGCGGCAAGAACUUCCGCUCCUCUGCGCACCUUGUGUCGCACCAGCUGCUCGAGUCGGGGGAGAGGAAUUUUAAGUGCGCCACCUGCGGGAAGGCCUUCAAGCAGGCGUCUUCCCUCAAGCAACACCUGAAAACACACGAAGCGCGUGAGCCUCACAGCUGCUCUGUCUGCGGCCGGGCUUUCUCCAGGUCCUCCUAUCUCCAGCUGCACAUGAGAACCCACAGUGGGGAACGGCCCUACCACUGCUUGGUUUGCAACCGAACUUAUGCCAAAAUGUCCACCUUUGAGAAACACUGUAAAAAGCACCAGCAGGAGGAAGAAAGGCCUGGUAUGAGGCCCCGAGCCAUGACUACCAGGGCCAAAGCACUGGCUGAAAAGAAGAGGCAGGAACAGAAACAGCAGCACCAAGAGGAUAGCCCUGAGCAACCUCAUCAGCCUGAUGCCCAGCAGCAACGGGAGGAAGAGCAGUAAUGGUCACCAAAACGGAAACUGCUCGCUCCUCUUCCCAUCAAGGACGGGGAAGACUGAUUAAUUUAAUUUUUAUCUGCUCAAAGUGCCGUGUCGCACCAGUGUUAUUCCAGAGAACGUUGCCAAGUGGAAAUCUGCAGACUCAAGGUGCAAUGCAAACACUUUUCUCUGGCAUUACCAGAUAACUCUUAAGAAGGCUCUUGAUGCUCCGUACAAUCAGUGUUGUGUUCCAGAUUGUGUCCAUCCUUAUUUAUUUCGUUUUCAGUAGGUAGGAUGCCUCGUCAGGUAGAUUUCUAAGGCUUCUUAGUCAGCCAAACUGUGCUGUUAUGGGAGUUGAAAAAAGGAGCACUUCUUUACGUACAAGAAGUAAAUUAAGUUGAAAUCUCUUGAGUUUCCUGCUCUGUCAGCUGUCUUCUCCCAGCGACCGGAAAUCCAGGCUGUUCAGGAUACAGGAUCAACUCAGAAAU